AUGCUGCGAUCCCGGCGGCCGCUGACGGCCCUCUCCGGCCCGGAGUGCCCCUCCCGCCUCAUUUCUCUCCCCACCCGGCCGCUCCUGCAGCUGCAGGGCCGCGAGCGGCUCCUCCUCCGCACACACGGCGCGGGGGUCGUGCAGCACAACUCGAUGGCGCAAGAGGCCGCGGCCGCAGCGGUGGCGAAUAAUUACAAUUCCGCCACCGUCGCCCCCCGCGCGGCCGAUUUAUUUCGCACACGAGUCCACGAAGGCACAGGAACAAGUGCAGAGGAUCCAUAUGUGCGUACAUUACCGAAUCAGGAGAGUAGAGAGCCGGCAAGCUCAGUGGCACAGGCGUAUAUUUUACGAGAAGCCACUGUAGAUGAGUGUAAUGCACUUCAUCAAACAUGGGGAAGUAUGCAGUACUGGUUGGGAGAUCGUUUUCCACGACUUCCACUGUAUUUAAAACAACUACAGGUUCCUGAUGUACCUUCUCUUUCCCCUGCAGCAGAUAAUCUUCUUUUAAAAUUUGAGGCAGUUAUUAUACCUCAAUUGGUGUCUGAUGAAACAGAUAAGGUAAAACUUGUAACCAUUUGGAAAGAAAUGGUUAAAAAAGCGGAUGAAAUUGUUAAAAAACAUAUUUUUCACCGAGAAAAUUUUGAAACCACUUUAUCUCAUAUUUGUGAAGAAGCAUUACAGAAGAUGCGUACACUAUCAUUAAGUGGUGCAGAAGGACCUUUGGCAAUUGAAGCUCUAAGACGUCGAACAGUUUUGGAGCGAAAUAAAUAUAUUCAAGAAAAUUUUAUUGAUGUUGUGUCAAAUGGUUCUUAUUUAGGAUUUGGAGACGCAGUGUGGCGAGUAUUUUUUCAAGCAGUUGAAGCUAAUAAAAAUGAAUUAUUAGGAGAAAAUACAUUAGAAGCGGUUCGUUUUGCUUGGGAAGCAAUUAUGCAAGAAGAUGUGGUACGUCUUCCAGAUGUUACUGCACCUGUUGCAUUAUUUUUAACUCUUGUUUGUAUUGAUGAAAGCGGUAGACUUGUAUCAGAUGAGCUUAAAGAAUUAUCUUUAACUCUUGAUGAUGGUAUAAAACGAAAUUCUAGUAAAUGGCAACAAGGGGUAUCAUUAAAUCUUCUUAACCCUGUUGUAAAACGUCGUUUUGUUGCCAAGACACUUUCUGUAAUGUUACAGGUUGAAUCUUCUAAUGCUUUAUCUAAAAUACUACGAGAGUAUGGAUUGCAUGAUCUUAGUCGUGAAGCCUCACUUUGUGAGGCGAUGAAUAACAAUGAAAAACUUCUUGAAGAUGAUAUUGCAGAUGCUGUUUCUCGUUUUGAGAGCAAAAGUGAAGUUAAAACUUUACUUUCCUCAUUAAUGGGUGGAACGGACGUUGCUGUUCGUGAAACAAUUGCUAAAAUCUUGGGUAUUACAAGUUUUACUUCAGUUAAUUGGGAUGCUGUAAUGCAAAGUGUUGAUUGGUCAAGUAAUUGGCGACAAUUGGGAAUUGCGUUACUUCGAGAUCAAAUGGUAUUGGUGGCAGUUCAUAAACAUAUAAAAAAUGCUAUUGGAGCUAAAGGGGUUUCUAAACAUCUUUUUACCGAAGCAUACGCUGAAGAAUUACAAGAUAUUAUUCAUAUACGUGAAGAAAGGGAACAAUCAAAAAAGCUUAAAAUUGAGCGUAUUGUACAAGAACUUUCAUCUUAUCAAAAAGUGGAUCAAACAUGUGAUAUUUUACGUCAAUUAGGUGUAGAUAUGAGUGAACUUGAUAAGGAAGCAUUAUCUUUGCAAGAAAAGAAUCUUAUUAAACGACCUCAUUUAAAUAAAGAGGUAAUGAGUUGUGUUCUUGAAGCGGUGUCUAAUCGUCAUUCAAACUGGGUAAAAGCAGGUGUUAUUCAAACAGAAGUAAGAAAUCCUUUAGAAAUACUUAAAGUAUUAAUGCAUAUCUUUAUAAGACUCACAUAUGUUCCUCAAGCAGGUGCAGCACUCAUGGCACAGCGUUUACGUCGUCGUAUUGGUCCUGUAGGAAUAGAAAGUUAUCAACAUAAUGUUCCUACUGAAGUUGGAUUUGUAGAACAAUAUGAUAACUUGCAAUAUAAACGAUAUGAUUGGCAAGGAUGGUAUCAAAGAAUGGUGGAUAUACAUAAUCGUAACGUUUCUUUGCGUUGUCGUAUUAAUGACUUGAAAAGAUUAGAUGCGAAUGGAAAACCAUUUGUAGAUAUGCAAACAGAACGCCGAUUACGUAUUCUAGCACAGGAACGUGUUGGAAUGGGUGUUUUAAAACUUGACUCUGACAAAUAUGAGGAUCAGUCUGAUAAUAUGACAUAUGGUACUGUAAAGUUGUCGGAACUUCUCGCAGAUGCACGCAAGGCGCAAUUAGGGGAGGAGUAUUGGCCUUCAGUGGAACUGAAAGUGCGCCGUCCGAGUGGGCAGAGUAAAGCCCAUUACUCUCUCAUGGAUUAUGAUCGGGUGGAGCGGCGCAGCAGUGAAUUGUAUGAAAAAUACCGGGAUGCGAAGAAACGAAGUCUCUUUGUGACCCCAAUGGACAUGUGGCUGGAGGUGAAGGGCAUGCAGGUGCGAAAGGCGGUGGACAGCACAGACUCAGAAGGGUACACAGUGGAUGCCUUGCAGGAUAUGAUGAACUCAGAGGAUGGUGAGAAGCGGUAA